AUGGCUUUCAACAGAGUUCAGGCAACACUCACGCCCAAACCAACGCAGACGAUGCCCAAUUCUCAAGCAGGCGACAUGGCAAAGCUCAGAUUUAAAGUUGAGGGAAACGCAAUAAUCACAGGCGGAGCGGGUACACUCGGAAUAGCCGCAGCGCGAGCCCUCCUGGAGCAUGGAUUGACGGGUUUGAUGAUUUUUGAUCGAACUCUCGCCCAAGCAGAAUCUGAGAUCGAACAACUGAGAGUCGAAUAUCCAAGUGCCAAAAUCCUGAGUAAACAGGUCGAUAUUAUUGAUGAAGUUGCUGUAAGCAGUGCAGUCAUAGAUACUGCAGAACUUUUGGGAUCGGUAAAUAUCCUCCUUUGUUUUGCUGGUGUGGUAGGCUGUGUCCAUGCAGUUGAAAUAACUGCUGCUGAGUGGCGUAGAACACUUGAGAUCAACACAACGGGCUCUUUUCUAUGCGCCCAAGCGGUUGCAAAACAAAUCAUUUUGCAAGGUACAGGGGGAAGUAUUGUCUUCAUAGCCUCCAUCUCUGGCCAUAGAGUCAAUUUCCCCCAACCACAAGUUGCUUACAACACCAGCAAGGCAGCUGUUCUGGCCAUGAAAAACAGUUUAGCGGCUGAAUGGGCCAGAUAUGGAAUAAGAGUGAACUCCAUUUCUCCAGGCUAUAUGGACACCAUCCUCAAUGAAGGAGAUGGUAUCGCUGAUGCUCGAGCUGUCUGGGCAGACCGAAAUCCAAUGGGACGAAUGGGCCAGCCCAACGAGCUCACUGGCCUUGUCGUUCUUCUUGCAAGCAAUGCAAGCAGCUAUAUGAAUGGGACUGAUAUUAUCUGCGAUGGUGGCCAGGUCCUCUUAUAA